UUCCAUGUCCUCCUAGAAGGUCCAGAGGGAGAGAAUACAAAAUGUUUGUUUUCUUCAAGUCAUUGUCAGGAUCAGUCCAUGAUGAAGAACAGCCUGCAGAAGCAGAGUUGAAGAAUAAUAUGGAUCUGAAUGAUGACUGCACAUCGUUGACAGUAUGGAGAAAAUCGCUUAUUACAAGCUGUAACGGGUUUACAGUCAUUGACACAAACGGUAAUCUUGUUUAUCGAGUUGAUAACUACAUGGUUCGUCCCCAAGAAGUUAUCCUCAUGGAUGGCGCUGGGAAGUCCCUCCUUACAAUGCGACGGCGUAAGAAGCUUACUAUGGCUGAUACAUGGCUGGUUUACAAAGGAGAAGCAGAUGAAGAAGAGUGUGGAAGAGAUAAGCUGUUAUUGAAGAGGCCAAUUUACAGUGUAAAGAAGCAGAUGGGCAUUCUUCAAGCGAACAGAAGAAACAAUGUACUGGCACAUGUGUAUGAUUGUUAUGGAGAAGCUUCAAAGUGUAAAAGAUAUGCUUACGCAGUUGAAGGCUCGUAUGCAGAUAGAUCAUGCAAAGUGGUAGAUGAAUACAGAAGAGCGAUGGCUGAAAUCAAGAGGAAGGAAGCCACCAUUGGAGGGAUUUCUUUUGGGGUUGAGGUGUUCGUUUUGAUGGUAAAGCCUGGUUUCGAUACUGGUUUUGCAAUGGCUUUGGUUUUGUUACUGGAUCAAAUGUUUUCUUAGUUUCAUUUUUAGCAGUUUCUUUGUAUUUUUUGUGUUCACGAAAAUAAAAGGUUUAGUGGAAUAAAAAAUUUGGAGAUGCGGGGUAUCGAUCCCCGUACCUCUCGCAUGCUAAGCGAGCGCUCUACCAUCUGAGCUA